CGUGCGCAGCAAGAAGAUCAGCGGCCGACCACCCAUCCGGAGCCAAAGGCGAGCGCAGCGCACCGCGCACACACGCCCCUCCUCUCCCCAUUCCCUCGGCCCCGCACCUUCCAGAUCCCCCCCACCCCACCCCUUGCCGCCUCCAUGGCCUUCUCGCGCCUUCUCCCCUCCCGCCGCCUCCUCUCCGCCCUCCUCCACACCCCGACCCCGAUCCCCGCCGCGCGCGCCACCACCUCUCCGGCCGCCCACGCCCUCCAGCCCGCGCGCUUCUUCUCCGCGACGAGGCGGGCCGGGCCGGGCGCCCCGCGGCAGCGCGCCGCGGACAUCGGCGCGCGGGCGCGGCAGCUGCAGAGCCGGCGCCUCUGGACCUACGCGCUCACCUUCGGCUGCGCGGCCGGGUUCGUGGUCACCGUGCUUGCCACGUUCCAGGACCAGCUCGUCUUCUACCUCACCCCCACCGACGCGCUCGCGCGCUUCGCCACCGACCCCUCCAAGACCCGCUGCCGCCUCGGCGGGCUCGUCCUCGAGGGCUCCGUCGCCCACCCCUCCUCCUCCUCCUCCGAGAUCGAGUUCGUCGUCACCGACCUCGUCACCGACGUCCUCGUCCGCUACGAGGGCGCCCUCCCCGACCUCUUCCGCGAGGGCCACUCCGUCGUCGUCGAGGGCUUCCUCAAGCCGCUCACCGACGACCUCCGCCGCGACUGGGCGGGGAGGAAGGUCUCCGAUAAGGCGCUGGAGGGCCAGUGCUUCUUGCGCGGCACGGAGGUGCUCGCCAAGCACGACGAGAAGUACAUGCCCAAGGAGGUCGGCGAGGCGAUCGAGCGCAACAAGAAGCAGAUCGAGGCGGAUGCGGCUGCCGCCGCUGCCGAGGAGAACGCGGCGGUUGCGGUGGAUGGAGCCAAAGCAAACUCGUAAGAUUUGCUUUUUUGCUCUACGAUUUAGAUCUGAGUGCGUGGGAUUGAGGCAUAGAUAGAUUUGAUUGACCGAAUGAGAUGAGUUGGGGACUCUCUACAGCAUGAUUCAAUUGAAGCUGUUGUAAUUGGAGUGGUAAUUUUGAGCCCUGAAAUAGGGGAUUUUGGCCGGGGCAAUAAUGAAAACUGAUUGUAUGAUAAUCCAUUCAACACGAUUAUACUUAUUCUUUGGGUAGCAA